AUGAGAGAGCGGACUGAGCGGAUCUCACCGCGGAGGCAGUCUCCUCCAGCCCUCUGCAGCCACACAGCUCUACCUCCGAAAGGCGCCAUGGCUCCCACUCUGUCCACGGCCUUCUCGCGGCGCUGGUGGAUGGCCGUCACCGCCGUCAUCGAGAACCUGCUCUUCUCCGCCGUGCUGCUGGGCUGGGCCUCUCUGCUCAUCAUGCUGAAGUCUGAGGGCUUCUACUCCUACCUCUGCAAGGCGCCCGGAAACGGCUCAAGUUUGAAUGUCUCCAACUCGUCGCAUGAGUCUAUGGAAGAGGAGGAGGAGUACCUGGAGCUGAACGGAUGGCAGAUCUGUAAAGACCAGGACGAGAUGCUGAACUUGGCCUUCACCAUCGGCUCUUUCCUGCUGUCGGCCAUCACGCUCCCCAUGGGCAUCAUCAUGGACAAGUACGGGCCCCGCAAACUCAGGCUGGCCGGCAGCGCCUGCUUUGCCUUCUCCUGCCUCCUCAUCGCGUACGGAGCCAGUGAUCCCAACAAUUUGUCCAUGCUCAUCUUCUUCGCUUUGGCCAUGAACGGGUUUGGAGGGAUGUGUAUGACGUUCACCUCUCUGACGCUGCCCAACAUGUUCGGAGACUUGAGAUCCACUUUUAUCGCUUUGAUGAUCGGCUCCUAUGCAUCGUCUGCUGUUACAUUCCCUGGCAUCAAGGUGAUUUACGACCUGGGGGCCACCUUCAUCUCCAUCCUUCUGGUGUGGGCCGCCUGCGCUCUCCUGGUCUUCUUCAACUGCUUCCUGAACUGGCCCCUGGAGCCGUUUCCCGGACCGGAGGACAUGGAUUUCACGGUGAAGAUUAAGUUCAGCUGGCUGGGCUUCGACCACAAAAUCACCGGGAAGCAGUUCUAUCGCCAGGUGACCACGGUGGGACGGCGCCUCAGUGUGGGAAACACGCUACAGCCGGCGCCGAAAGAACUGGCCACUCAGGAGGCCAACAAGCUGUGCCUGUCCACGGUGGAUCUGGAAGUCAAGUGCAACAAGCCAGAAGAGAACCAGUCCUUCAUGCGCAGCGUCCUGAGCCCCAUCUUCCUCCUCAGCCUCAUCACGAUGUGUGUGACGCAGCUGAGGCUCAUCUUCUACAUGGGAGCUAUGAACACCAUCCUGGAGUACCUGACCGACGGGGACCUCAGCACAGUGAGUGUGUAUACCUCCAUCUUCGGCGUGCUGCAGCUGCUGUGCCUGAUCACAUCUCCGGUCAUCGGUUACGUCAUGGACUGGAGACUCAAGGACUGUGAGGACGAGAACGACAAACUCUCCAAGAGGGAGCCUGGAGAGCCCCGUCGGCCUGACAAAAAGAUCCAGAAGAUUGUAAACGCCACACGGGCCUUCAUCUUCACCAACCUGCUGCUGGUCGGCUUUGGAGUCACCUGCCUGGUCCCCAACCUCCCCCUGCAGAUCCUGUCAUUUAUUUUGCACACUAUAGUCAGAGGCUUCAUCCACUCUGCUGUUGGAGGACUCUAUGCUGCUGUGUACCCGUCCUCUCAGUUUGGGAGUCUGACCGGGAUGCAGUCUCUGAUCAGCGCUCUGUUCGCCCUCCUGCAGCAGCCGUUGUUCCUGGCCAUGGUCGGACCCCUGGAUGGAGACCCGCUCUGGGUGAACGUGGGCCUGCUGGUGGUGAGCAUGCUGGGCUUCUGUCUUCCCGUGUAUCUCCUCUGUCACAGCCGGUACCUGCAGCGCCUCCGGGACGAACGCGACUCCGACCCCAAAAUCUACGUCAAGAUCAACGGAGAAAAACCUGAAGCCUUCAUCUAA